AUGGAUAAUGGAACGCGGUUCUGCAGUAAGGAGUUCCAACAAUUUUGCAAAUCUGGUGGCGUAAAACACAUCCGAACUGCACCAUUUCAUCCUCAGUCAAACGAGCAGGUUGAGAGAUUCGUUGAUACUUUAAAAAAUGCCCUGAAGAAAGUAAAGGAUGAGCAAACUCCGCAACAUGGAUUACAACAAUUCCUCAGCAUGUAUAGAACAGCUCAAAAUCGAAACACUCCAAAUGGACUACCACCAGCUAAGCUGAUGUAUGGUAGGAAAUUGAAAACAACGCUGGACCUUUUACGUGACUACCCAAGACAUUUUUCAUCGACGAAAAAAGAUAAACAAGUAAUGCAGUUCAAUCGUCAUCAUGGAGCUAAAUUUCGAAGUCUUAAACCCGGAGAUCUAGUUUUCGUAAAAACAUAUCGUCUUAAAAAAUGUAAUUGGGAACCAGGAACAGUUCUUGAACAGAUGGGUAAGGUAAAUUACAAUAUUCUUAUUCCCAGUAAAUCAAUACUUGUUAGAGCUCAUAUCAACCAAUUGUGUCCAAGAUCUAAGCUAUCAGAACUAAAAAAACCGCCAAAGGUUUCACCGCAAUAG